AUGCGGCUUAUUCAUAAACCAGAACCUGAAUUUACAUUAGACUCAGAGAUCUCGUUCGAACUAGAAACCACAUUAGAACCUGAAUUCCCAUUACCUGAAUCCCUAUUAGAGCCCGAAUCUCCAUUAGAACUUGAAUCCUCUGAAUCCCCAUUAGAACCCGAAUCCCCAUUGGAGCCCAAAUCCCCAUUAGAGCCUGAAUCCCCAUUAGAGCCUGAGUUCCCAUUAGAGCCUGAAUCCCCAUUAGAGCCUAAAUCCUUAUUAGAAUUAGGUAACUCACUUUUUCAGCAUGGCCAGGAUUAUGCCUCUCUUGAGACCUUUAAAUAUGUUGCCAAUCAGUAUGUGGAAACAAGUGGGUUUAAAGUGAUUUCCUUAAAGGGCAACAAUCAUAGUGAUGGUUUGCGUAGUACUCAAGUUUUUUCCUGCGAUCGCUCUGGUGUGUACAAGCCCAAACCUAAAGAUCCAAAUAAGAAAAGCAGAAACAAAGAAUCAAAAAAAUGCAACUGCCCUUGGUCAAUUCGUCUCAAUUAUAACCUGGAAGACGAUAAAAAUCAUAUCUCGCAAGUUGAUCUCUGCCAUAAUCACAACCUUAUUCCUCCCCAACUUAUGCAUAUAUCACCUACAAAUCACGAAAUACCUACCUUUAUUAAGGAAGAAAUUUUUACCUUGAGAAAAGCAGGAAUUGCAGUACCACAAAUCCAAUCACUUCUUAUAGUAAAAUACGGACCAGCCACGAAGUCGUGGGUAAUGAAAGACGUGUAUAAUUUGAUUGAUACUGAACACAUGUUACACAGUGAAUUCCAAGCUCAUGAUUUCCUUCUUCUUCUUCAACAAAAGUGUAACAAUGACCCCGAAUUUUCUUAUGAAUUCGAAUUGGACAAUAAUAAUCAACUUAAGCAUGUACUUUGGAUAUAUGCAUCACAAAAGCGGCAAUACAUACGCUUUCAUGACACAAUUGUUUAUGAUAACACAUAUAAGAGCAAUUAUUUCUCAAUGCCCUUUGGGGUGUUUACAGGUGUCACAAACAAUGGUCUCUCUUACUGCGCUGCUGGCGCGUUGCUUCGGGAUGAAACGUCCUUAAGUUUUGAAUGGUUAUUCGAAUCCUUUAUAUGUAUUUUUGGCACCGCACCUAACACUAUUCUUACAGACAAUGAUCUGGCUAUGUCUGAUGCUAUUCGCUCUGUCCUUAUCAAUAAACACGAUACUAAGCAUGGCCUUUGUAUCUGGCACAUAUUAAAGAAUAUAAGGUCGAAUAUGACCUCUAAACUUGGAAAAAAAUAUAAUAUGUUUCACGCAGAUCUUAUGAAAUGCUUAAACCAUUAUAUUGAUCAAAACGAGUUUGAGGACCUGAAUAUUUUUUUACUGAUAUGUCGUCGAUACAAAGAAGAAUCAAUGAACAGUCUUUUAAAGGGCUUCGUAGACUGUAAAACAAGGCUCACAGAAUUUUUGGCAGCUUUUGAACGUGCACUUUAUUUUCGCGAAAAGGCAGAACAUAUUUUUGCUUACAAAGAGCUUAAAUUUGAGACAGAAUGGAGUGAAAAGGAUGUAUAUGUGUGUGAGGAAAUAACAGAUGACAAUGGAGUGUGUUGUUUUAAGCUAUCAUGUUACGAAUGGCCUGACAUUAUAUGUUGUGUCUGCUAUGAUGGCAAGGUACUUGCUUGUUGCUACCACAAUCUCGAAUUUGCUAGAAUAGUUUGUCGCUAUUCCCUUGUAGUUGCAGUUCGUAUGUCUCUCGCUCAACUCGAUCCUGUUCACUUUCCAAAAUGCUGGCGAAAGGACCCACCUGAGUUGGAGCUUGCUAAAGACUAUGUCAAUUUUUAUAGCCGUACACAACCACAAGAUACAGGAACUUUAACAUCACAUGAAUCAUUUGGUGAAGGUAACUCUCAAAUCCAGUUUAUGCGUAUUCAUCAACUAUCAAGAGAAAUUGCAAGUAAGGUUGCAAUGGACUCUGACAAAUAUGCAGAUUUUACAUCGUACCUCGAAAAGUAUUUGGAGGCACUAUAUGCCUCUAACGAUAAACUUGCUUCAACUCAUAAAAAUACUUCGGCAUCCCCUAAGCUUCCAAUAAUCAACAACCCUAUAAGAAGUAAGGCUGUUGAAUAA